ACGAAGGACAAGGACAGAGGUUGGUUCUCACACAAAAUCAAAAGAAGCUCCGUCUCUCUUUCCAAUCGUCUUUGACUAUUCUUCCUUCUUUGUUCAUCCAAAUUACGUCCAAAUUAGGGUUCGCGUUUUGUAAACUCGAUUUGGUUCUCCUUAUUUCUAUAUAAAUCUGUACAUACUGUAGCUUAAUUUUCUCCCUAAUUUUCCUACGCCGAAGAAAUCCUCCCUUAAAUCCUUUAUUUAUUCAGAAAAAAAUAUAAUCAAUUCUUUUGGGGGGGUUUUUAUCGUCGUCGGCUGAGUGAUUGGUAGCUCAGAAACUUGUAAGAAAAUUCUGGGUCUUUGAGGAAGUUUCCUGGUUAUUAUUUUUAUUUUUAUUAUUAUUAUUAUUAUAAUAUCUGGGUAGAAAAAAAAUUGGGUCUUGAAAAAAAAAUAAAUUUUUUUUUUUGUUUCGAUUCUUCUUUGGUUGAAAUCUCAGUGUACAAUUUCUGGGUAUGUGAGGCAUUUGGUUAUUCGUGGAGGUAAUUUUUGAUCGGGUCUUUUGAGGAACUUGUAGUUGACUUGAAGGUGUGUUGAUCUAAGGGUGAGAUUUGAAGGCAAAGUGAAGUACUUUCCAUGGCUGUUCCGACGAUAGCUCUUUACGCGAGCCCGCCGAGUAGCGUCUGCUCGACGCCGCACCCGUGCCAGAUCAAUGCUCACUCAACGUACGAUUUCGAAUUGAGCUCCCGAUCUUCGUCGUCGACAUCGACCGCUUCCACGUCGCAGAAGCCGGUUGUCGGUGGGCUUUCGUGCCUGUUUUCCUCUCAUCCGUUGAAGCACGCCUCCUCGACGUCGAGCUUCUCCGGCGGAGGAGAAGAAUUGGGCAAUUUGGGAUCUCUGUGGCACGACAGAAGCGAAGAAUUGAAGGAAUUGAGUAGCUCCUUUCGCUAUUCUCCGAGCAAAUUCAAUGGGGUUUCUUUGAGCAGUAGGGAUCAGAGCCCUGUUUCGGUAUUUCAGGGCCCGGUUUCGUGCAGCGGGAGCUCGGCGAGAAGCCCUCCGAUGAGGGUCGCCAGGGAAAAGAGUAGUUCUAGUGGGGAGACCAAUCUUCAGAGCUCGUUUCGAUGCGGAAGCAGUGGUUUGUUCAACGGCUUCGUUAGAGGUGCGUUGGGAUCGUCGUGUAUCGAUUUCGAUUCGACGGGUUUCGAGGUGCGAGAAGACAAUUUGGAUGUGGGAUUAUCAGCUGCGCUUGUGGAUGAAUUAACCUUCAACAUUGAGGGUGGUUUUUCAGAGUCCAAUUCCGAGCCGUACGCUAAAGAUUUGCUUCUGGCUGCGCAAUUGCGGCACAAGAUAUUCCGCGAUGAGUUUGUUGUUAAGGCUUUUUACGAGGCCGAAAAGGCCCAUAGAGGGCAGAUGCGAGCAAGUGGUGAUCCGUAUUUGCAGCAUUGUGUGGAAACGGCGGUGUUGCUCGCACUGAUUGGUGCUAAUUCUACGGUGGUUGCUGCAGGGCUUUUACACGAUACGCUUGAUGAUUCUUUGAUAAGUUACGACUACAUUCAUGAGACUUUUGGACAUGGGGUUGCUGAUUUAGUUGGAGGGGUAUCUAAGCUGAGCCAGCUGAGUAAGCUUGCCCGUGAUAACAAUACGGCGAGUAAAAUGGUAGAAGCAGAUCGACUGCAUACCAUGUUUCUCGCAAUGGCAGAUGCCAGAGCUGUCCUCAUUAAAUUGGCAGAUCGGUUGCAUAAUAUGAUGACACUGGAUGCACUACCUUUGGAAAAGCAGCAGAGGUUUGCGAAGGAAACUUUGGAGAUUUUUGUUCCUUUGGCCAACCGUUUAGGAAUCUCUACUUGGAAGGAGCAGCUGGAGAAUUUAUGCUUUAAGCACCUCUACCCUAACCAGCACGAAGAUCUCUCCUCCAAGCUUCUUGAGUCCUUUGAUGAGGCAAUGAUUACUUCUGCCGUAAACAAAUUGGAGAAAGCUCUACAGGAUAGAGGCAUUUCGUAUCAUGUUCUCUCAGGACGGCACAAGAGCUUGUAUAGCAUACACUCCAAAAUGUUGAAGAAGAAGCUAAAUGUGGAUGAGAUUCACGACAUUCAUGGGCUACGUUUGAUUGUUGAAAAAGAGGAAGAUUGUUACAAGGCAUUGGAAGUUGUUCAUCGACUAUGGUCUGAGGUGCCGGGAAAGUUCAAAGACUACAUAACCAAACCCAAGUUCAAUGGGUAUCAGUCUCUGCACGCUGUAGUGAUGGGUGAAGGCACGGUUCCACUUGAAGUCCAAAUCCGAACAAAGGAGAUGCAUUUGCAAGCCGAGUUUGGAAUUGCAGCGCACUGGAGAUACAAAGAAGGUGACUGUAAGCACUCAUCCUUUGUGCUUCAGAUGGUUGAGUGGGCCCGGUGGGUUGUUACCUGGCAGUGCGAGACAAUGAACAGAGACCAGUCAUCCAUUGACUAUUCUGAUUCAAUUAAGCCACCCUGCACAUUCCCCUACCAUUCAGACGAUUGCCCAUAUUCUUACAAACCUCAAUGUGGGUCUGAUGGGCCGGUGUUCGUCAUCAUGAUCGGGAACGAUAAGAUGUCAGUGCAGGAGUUCCCAGCGAACUCAACAAUCAUGGAUGUUUUGGAAACAUCUGGGCGAGGAACCUCUAGAUGGACACCAUAUGGGUUCCCGGUGAAGGAAGAACUGAGGCCAAGGCUGAACCAUGAGCCAGUGAGUGAUCCAAUGUGCAAGCUGAAAAUGGGGGAUGUGGUAGAGUUGACUCCGACUAUACCUGACAAGUCUCUGACCGAGUACAGGGAAGAGAUUCAGAGGAUGUAUGACCGUGGCCUGACGGUUUCAAGUACAGGGCCAGCUGCGAGUAGCGUUGUUGGCUGGAGAAGUUGACCCUUGUUUGGUAUAGCUUAACAAUACAUAUAUAUAUAUAUAUAUAUAAUCAUUUAGUCAAGAUUUGUUAUUCUUGUACAUAGAUUAUAUAUAUGUGUAGAAAACAGCUUUGUUGUUCUGUUAUUUGAUGACUAACUAGAUUAAACAAGAAGCUUCAAUGCUUAUUCUUUAUCUCCCACUUGGAGUUCCGCA